AUGGAGCUAAUAGCCAUGUCAAUGUUGUUGGUGCUCAUAUCAGCAAUUCUACUUUCAGCCUUCUUCUUGCUGCAUACAUGGAAUUCUCCCAAAGCAAUGGGUGGUAUCCCUGGUACCCUUGGUUGGCCUAUAGUAGGUGAAAGCUUUUCGUUCCUGUCCGACUUUUCGAGUCCUUAUGGUAUUUGCAGCUUCAUGAACAAGAGACAGCAGAGGUAUGGGAAGGUGUUCAAGAGCUAUAUAUUGGGGAGAUUUACUGUGUUCAUGACUGGGAGAGAAGCAAGCAAGAUUUUGUUGACAGGCAAAGAUGGGGUGGUGAGUUUGAACCUCUUCUAUACUGGGAAGCAGGUGCUUGGUCCAACCAGCUUGCUCCAACAGACCGGAGAAGCACACAAGCGGCUGCGAAGGCUCAUUGCUGAGCCCCUCUCACUUGAUGGCCUCAAAAGAUAUUUCCAGUUUAUGAACAACUUGGCUAUUGAAACCUUAGAUCAGUGGCCUGGACAAACGGUCUUCGUUCUUGAAGAGGCAUCUACAUUUACACUCAAGGUGAUCGGGAACAUGAUCAUGAGCUUAGAGCCCACAGGUGAGGAGCAAGAGAAAUUUCGAGCCAAUUUCAAGAUCAUUUCUUCCUCAUUUGCCUCCUUGCCAUUCAAAAUCCCUGGAACUGCUUUCCAUCGCGGUAUUAAGGCUCGUGAUAGGAUGUAUGCCAUGUUAGACUCGAUAAUUUCCAAGCGAAGAAAUGGAGAAAGUUUUCAACAAGACUUCUUAGAAUCCCUGAUAAAGAAGCACAGCAAAGGUGCCUCGGAAGAAGAAGAAGACGUAGACGAUGAUAAACUCACAGAUACACAAUUGAAGGACAACAUAUUAACUUUGCUAGUUGCAGGUCAUGAUACCACAACUGCAGCUCUCACAUGGCUCAUCAAGUUCCUCGAAGAAAAUCCUGCUGUAUUGGAACGUCUCAGAGAAGAACAUAAGGAAAUUCAAGCUAACAGAAAGGGUGGAUCAAGCCUAGUCUGGUCUGAAGUCAACAACAUGCCGUAUACCAAUAAAGUGAUUAUGGAAACUCUUCGGAGAGCCACAAUUCUGCCUUGGAAUUCCAGAAAAGCAGCCCAGGACUUUGAAAUUGAUGGUUACAAAAUCAAGAAAGGUUGGUCAAUUAACUUGGAUGUAGUUUCAAUUCACAAUGACCCAGAAGUUUUUCCUGAUCCCCAGAAGUUUGAUCCCUCCAGAUUUGAUGAACCCUUAAGGCCUUUCAGUUUUCUUGGGUUUGGCAGCGGACCACGAAUGUGUCCAGGAAUCAACCUGGCCAAGCUGGAGAUUUGUGUUUUCAUUCAUCACCUGGUUUGCAGAUACAGGUGGAAAACUUUGGAGAAAGAUGACUCUGUCCAGCCAACUCUUGUUCGGAUGCCAAAAAACAAGUAUCCAAUCGUAAUUGAGCCGCUGUAG